AUGACGGCGGACAUGUCCGUCAAGAACCCAAACAUCGCUUCUUUUAAGUUCAAUCCCGGCACCACUAUCCUUUACUAUUACGGUUCCGAGAUCGGUCAGGCUAAUAAUCCGGCGGGUAAUGCUCAGGCUAAAAAGACUAUGCAGAUGUACCUUACGAUUAAUCUUUAUAUUGAAGCUGACUCGUCAACACCGGGUAAACUUCAGCACUUGACGAACGAUCUGAGUUCAGGAGAAAUGAGUUUGAAUAGCUAUACUGUAUUGAAUGGGCGUGUGAACGUGUUAAAUAUCUUCAAGAAGAAUAUCGAAAUCAAGAUGAAUUGUACCAUGACUGUUGUCAUUUCUUCUACCAUGUCUCUCAAAGAUAUGCAGUGUACUAGCGAAGUCAAGCUUUAG